AUGGGUCUUGUAAGAAUACCACGUUUAAAUGAUUACUGGUCGAAAAGAAACAUCUACAAUAAUAAAUACAUUAGUUCAGUUAUGACAAGAGAUCGAUUUCUGCUAAUUUUGAAAUUUUGGCAUUUUAGUCAAGAGUCACCUAACGACACAGACAAAUUGAAAAAGAUAAGGGAUACUUUUAAUAAGAUUUUAGAAAAAAUGCAAACCCUUUUGGAGCCAGGUCGGUAUCUUAUCAUAGAUGAAAGUAUGAUUCCGUGGCGAGGGAGGUUGAAAUUUCGCCAAUACAUUAAAAACAAGUCACACAAAUAUGGAGUGAAACUAUAUAAGCUCUGCACUCCAGAAGGAUACACAAGAAACUGUAUUAUAUAUACAGGUAAAGGAGAUAAUGGUCGAGAAACUAAUCAUGGAAAGGAAACAGUAUUAAGAUUAAUAAAAGGAUUAGAAAAUAAUGGAAGAAUAAAAAUAACAGAUAAUUUCUACAAUUCCAUUGAUCUUGCGGAAGAACUUAUACGUAAAAAGACCUUCAUGUGUGGUACUCUGAGACCAAAUCGGAAAGGAAAUCCUAAGAAAAUAAUAUCCAUAAAAUUGAAACGAGGUCAAAUAGUAGGAAAAAUGAACCCAAAUGGGGUAAGAGUUAUAAAGUGGACAGAUAAGAGACCGGUUCAUAUGAUUUCUACGUGCCGAAAUCACAAUUUGACUCUUAAAUCUACAGGUAAGACGAACCGAAUCACUGGAAACAUAAUUAAAAAACCACAAUGCGUCAUAACAUACAAUGAGAAUAAAAAAAGGCAUCGAUUUUAA